AUGGUUCAGCCAUUUACCAACAACCUCGAGGCCGAUGGAGGAGGUGCCCGGCUUGCGACUGUUCCGUUGCCGACGGCUCCUCCGAUGGAUUCACCGACAAACGAUGGCCAGUACGUGGACUUCCUGGUGUUGGGCAAUAAGGAAAACUUUCUCGUGCGUGCAGAACGCAAAGCGAUUCUAGACUCCAACACCGGUCUGGCACAUAUGCUGUCCAGUGGCGGCGGUGGCGGUGACAGCAAGUGUGUGGUUCGCGAUGUUAAUCGGGACAACUUCGAGACAUUCGUACGUUACCUCGAGACCAAGUUUAUCAAAUUUAACUCGCCAACACACGCACUCGAGAUGCUUGAACUAGCAACACGUUUCCAGUGCCGCCAGCUGGAGAUAUACUGCGUCAAGGAUUUGGAUCUCAAUCUGCACGUUGAUCACGUGCUGGAAGUCUACCGAGCGCUUUGGUUUUACAACUCCAUUGCUCCACCAAAAGCCCCGUCCAAGGAGGAGAAAAGACGCUCCCGGUGUCCUCGGGCAAAUAAAUCAAACACUGCCAGUGGACCAUUGACACCGGAGGAAUAUUUUGCCGCACUGUUGAACAACUGUUUGCAGUUAAUCGAUAUGUACGCCGAGGAAGUAUUCUCCCAGGAGGCCAUGCUUGCUUUGCGCUUCCCGGAACUGGAAAUGAUCGUGAAACGGGACGCACUGCAGCUGUCCUCCGAAACGGUACUGCUGGAUGUACUGGCACGUUGGAGCCUCGAAGACUGCAAGCGCAAACACAUCGAUCCCACGGCUGAGAACCGUCGACGUGCACUCGGAGCCCUCUGCUAUGCUCCGCGAUAUCUCAACAUGUCACGGCGUGAAUUUGAUGCCGCCCGGGAACGCAUCGAACUGCUCGAUCCGGCCGAAUCGCAACUCGUCGGUGACAUACUGACCGGUGGCGUACGACGAUCAGCCGCUAAUCUUACACCGGAACAAGAAACUCUUGUCGCCCGGUUCCGAGCGCCCCGGCCCGACUUUCCGCUGCUGCCGGUUCAGCUCAGUGCACGCAGCCAUCCGCGCAACUACACGAAGAAAAUGCGCAAGGCGGCGGCCGAUGCCGAACGGGAACGGGACGGUCCGAAGAAGGGUUGCUGUAAUCGACUGCUGCUGAACUGCUGUUCCGUGUUUGCAUGCAUUUUCGACUAG